AUGUCUCUAUACUGUACUCGAGCUACUUAUGGUUAUUUUAUUCAUAAAGGUUUGGAUGCUGCAUCUCCAAAUUGGGCUGGUGUAUAUAUCCCAGAUAUAACAUGUAAUCGUACACAAUGUUGUUGUUUAAGUGACCAAAUUACAAUUAUUACAGACUCAGAAAACAUCAUAUUUCGAUCAGGUUUUCACGGACUUGAAUGCGAUAGUGACGCAACAACAACUUUUGGUAAACUACCACAAGGAUUUGUUCUACAACUUCUAACAGAAUAUUCAAUAUUUAGUAUAAUAUUAAGUGAGGAUAGUGAACAAAUAAAGUUUGUUAAUAUAAGAAAUCCUAUGGUAUGUUAUGGGUAUGCAAAUAAAACUAUGAUUAUAACAACAACAACACCAAAAACAUCUCAUAGUAAAGCAUCACAUAUAAAUAUAUAUAUUUCGCUUUAUAUACUUGCCUUUACUUCAAUAAUUAUGAAUAUCUUUUGAUUUAAAAUUUGGUGAUAAUAUUAUAUUUUCGCAUGUUGUAUCAGUGUUAAACUAAAAGUAUUUGAUGUUUUUGUUUUUCAAUAAAAUGUCAUAACUGUUUUCCCAUUAUUCAAGAGUUAUGAGAACUGAACGAAUAAAUUUAGAAGAUUCAUUAAUCAAUCCACUCUUCAAGUGCUUGCUAUAUAAUACACAGUGGGCAUCCAGGCGGACAUUAGGCGGAACAGUGACUUUGUUUCUUUUCGAAAACAAAAUAGUCCAAAAUAUAGCCCUUGAAAUUCUCUAUCGAAUGGUGUAUAAAUGUCUAUUGUGAUUUUCACUCCUUCAUGGAGAAAUCGGGCCACAAAGAAAGGUCCCAAAACAUCAUUUGUACGAACUAAACCAUG